GGAGAAAGAUGCCAGAACCGGCGAAGUCUGCCCCGAAGAAGGGCUCUAAGAAAGCGGUGACCAAGAGCGCCGGAAAGGGUGGCAAGAAGAGAAGGAGUAAGAGGAAGGAGAGCUAUGCUAUCUACGUGUACAAGGUACUGAAGCAGGUUCAUCCCGAUACUGGCAUCUCAUCCAAGGCUAUGGGCAUUAUGAACUCGUUCGUCAGCGACAUCUUCGAGCGUAUCGCCGGAGAGGCCUCCCGCUUGGCUCACUACAACAAGCGGUCGACCAUCACCUCCAGGGAGAUCCAGACUGCCGUCAGGCUGCUGCUGCCCGGUGAGCUGGCCAAGCACGCCGUGUCUGAGGGUACCAAGGCCGUCACCAAGUACACCAGCUCCAAGUAAACAACGUGAUUAUCAAUUACAACAAAACGGCUCUUUUAAGAGCUACACACAGUGACUACAAGAGCUCAACGUCCCACGUAAUAAUGGCAAGACUUAAAUU